GCAAAUAGAAACUCAGAGCCAAGAGACAGACAACCCCCAUACAAAAUAGAGGAAGAAAUACAAACAAGUAGAAAUAGGGUACAUCAUCUUAGAGAGAGAAUGCUGCAGCGUUCCGCCGUGGUUCGGCACCGGACAGGAGGCGUCGCCGCCGCAUUCUUAUUCUUCUUCGUUGUGAUUGCUGACUCCGCCAAUGAUUCACAGGUGCGAUGCAGCAAAACCUGUGUGGCAGAGAACUGUGAUACAAUUGGGAUUAGGUAUGGGAAGUACUGUGGAGUCGGAUGGAGUGGUUGCCCGGGCGAGAAACCUUGUGAUGAUCUGGACGCUUGUUGCAAGAUCCACGAUGAAUGUGUCGAGAAAAAUGGUAUGACCAACAUUAAAUGCCAUGAGAAGUUCAAAAGGUGCAUAAAGAAAGUACAUAAAUCAGGGAAGCAAGGGUUUUCUAAGAGCUGUCCAUAUGAUACUGCAGUGCCUACAAUGGUACAGGGGAUGGAUAUGGCAAUUAUGUUUAGUCAAUUGGGUAGCCCAAGGGGUGAAUUAUAAUCGGUGUUCAAUUCUUUGGAGCAUCAUUAAGUAAAAAGAGCUGGUGAAUUGGUUGAAAACUUUUUCCCACAUGAAGUUACUAUUCUGGAAUUUGGAGAUUGCCUUAGAGAGAUGUCAAUUUGCUCCAGUCCUGUCGCUUCCGUUUCCUGUUUAACUCUUCAGGUGAUGAAAAAAGAAACUUUUAAAUUGAAUCUUGGUAACUUGUUACCUAACACUUCAUUUGCUGCUGAAGUUAGUUGCAGAAGUGAUUUUUGUUGUUUGCUGUUGAUAUCCCAAAAAAAUGGUGAUUUUCUAUGACAUUUGAAUGUCGUUUAUGAGAAUUCAUGUGCGGUUGGUUGCUUGUAGAAGUUCUUGUAAGAUGUAGACGAGGAAUAUUUCUUAUAUAAGCUUUCCAACUUCGAGAAGUUGCAGAUUGGUGAACCUCUACUCUAUCAACAUGGAACUUCUGCAAGCCUGCUUAGGUAAUUGUAUUUUUUGGUUUUUGUUGCUAGAUUGGGUAGUUGCAAUUAUGAAUAUUGAAUUGCGAAGAAUGUAGCUUCUUUCCUUGAUGGGUUUUGCCAAUUAAUAGAAAUGAAACAUGAAUUCAAAUU